AUGCCCCCGUCCCCUGCACACCAUUCUUCCCCCGUGACAACAGCGACAGAGACCCGCUUGGGCCCAUUCUUCUUCACCUUUCGACCCACCCCAGCCUCGCCCGCGGUCACUGUUCCCGGUAUCCUGAUCCCACUGCAAUGGCCACCGUCAACCGCGAGCUCGCCAGCGCCAUUCGACCCGGGCCUCCAUCCCUCUGGCGCGUCGUUUGUGUUCACCGAGUUUGAAGCCGCACCACACCCUGCUGUCCGUGUCGCUGCUGCUGCGUCUGACACGAGCGUAGCGGCUGGUACCGGUGCUGGGCAGUUACUCGGUGUCCCCACACCUGGCCCUACCCCGAUGGCGACUUGGGGUAUCGCCAAAGCGGGGGAGCACCACACCGCCUUCCCUCGUGCUCCUCCGUGUGCGUGUACUGUGCACUGCCGGACUGGCAAGCACGAUGACGACACGGUUCGUCCCCGAGAUCGCAGCCGUGCAAAGGAGACUGUCGAGGUCGAUGGUAACGCGACGCCGAUGGCCAAGGUGCCCUCACCACUUGCGCGCAGGCGACCUUCCCUCCCUCUUGCCUGGAUGGGCCAGCCAGAGGGCACCACCCCCAAGGCGUCACGCAGGGAUACAUCCACCAGCGAGGCGACUCCUAUGAACAAGACCCUUCAGCAACUUGGCAAGCAAGACUCGGCACGUCCACAGAGCGCCGCCUCGCAACGUUCCCAGCGCCCCGUUCCAGGCGACUACGGUGUCUCCCCUCGCGACCACUCGGGCCGCUCGUCGGCCAUGUCGGCGCGCCGUCGCCAGUCCUCGGUCGAUCUUCGCCUUGUCCAAGAGCGUGAGGCUGCCCAGGCUGCCCAGGCGUCCCAGACUCGAUCUCCCCCGGCUUGUGUAGGCGACAUUACCAACCUCGUCAAGAGGUUGACCCGCGACGGCAUUCCAGUGAGGAGCAGCAGCCUCCGUGCCGCUACCACUCCCGAGCGCGUUCUCUACCGCCGCGCCGUCUUCCCCAGUCCCAACCGUCAAUCGAGCCCCGCCGCGCUUGGUUCUGGCACCAUUAAUCAGCAACAGGGGACACGUGCUCAGACCGGACCUCAAGGGAGCUGUGCUCUGGCUGUCGGCAACAACUUUACCACCUCGGAAUCGCUGAACAGUCUUGGAUCUAUCCUUACUGUGCACUCUGAGCCUACCCAGAACGCAGUUUUGCCUCGAGUCGAAUCUGACUCUCGAGCACCCAUGUCGAUCGCGCCAGUCGCUCAGCGCACCCCUCAGCACAUUGCCACCCUCGCCGACCUCUUGCGUACCGCGCUCGACUUGGCGACGGCAUUUGGCGGUGAGCUCGGCGUCGACGUUGCCGAGUUGGACAUUGCAGCACCUGAAGUGACUGGCGAGCGUAUGACCCCGCCACAUGUCAGUGCCGACUCGCCCUCGCCUGUCGCAACUCCCAGGCAAGCUCUUCGGCCUCGCGCCUCUCCCGACUCUUCGGACCACUCGUACGACCGCUCUGCAAUGUCAUGGCACACGGACGACACGGCAUGGCUGCACGCGUCCACUGCCAACGCGCCCCACAUCUUUGACAUCGACCACUCGUUUAGCGGCCUUUUAUACACCGUCCCGGCGGGCUACGUGAAUGCGGACGAGUACAGCCUCAGCAGCCACCACUCGCCGUCGGAACCACCCCUUCAGCGCAGUGGCAGUGCCCAGUCGACUCCUGUGCCCUCGCACCACUCGGCCCACUCCAGCAACCCCUUCACCCCCCGCUCCAGUCGCCACUCGAGUGAGGCUAGCCGUUCAGAAUACGCGUUCGACUCGCCGCCGUACCCGUCCACCUGGGAUCACGAGGACGAGUCCCCCGAUAACUGGACAGACCCGGAUCCGCAGACCCCGUCGCCCCACUUCCUCGAGCUCGUCCAAUCGCCCGUGAACGCCCAGAUGGAGAUGGACGAGGGGUUGGACUCCAUGGACGCCAUGGACGCCAUGGACGAUAUCCUCAUGGACGACAGCCCCGGACCACCAGGACCGGCCGCCACGCCGUGGAACGUCGACUCGUACGGCUUGUUCUAUCGCCACGACGACCAGUGGUCCGAGACCCGCUCGCGCGUGUCGCUCACCACCAUCCCCGAGAGCCCCGAGGACCGCAGGUCGAGCCUCAUGGGCCCCCGCUCGUCCAUCCCCAGUUCCGCGUCGGGCAGCUCGUUCCCUGCGGUCCUGUAG